AUGCAUCGUCUCCAAGUGCUAAAGCUAAGUAGCAUAUUUGUCUCCAACAUUAGCAACAUGAUGCAAGCUUGGAAGGAAUUCUCAGACAUCAGGCACUUCUAUUUCCGGAACAAUUAUGUAAACGGAAGUAUUGGAACUUAUGAUUUGAGACGUUUAAGACGGCUGGAGGGAUUGUUCUUGGACAAUUCUACCGUGGAUGGGAACAUUCUACAAAGUAUUGGAGCAUUGACUUCCCUCAAAAUUUUAUCUUUGUCUAGAUGCGGACUCAAUGGCACCCUUCCCUUAGAAGGGUGGUGUGAACUUAAAAACCUCCAAGAACUAUAUUUGAGUUGGAAUGAGUACGAAGGAAUACUUCCGUCAUGUGUCGCAAACAUGACAUCUCAUAGAUUGAUUAAGCUCUCUAACAACAAGUUCACUGGAAAUAUUGCAUCUCGUGUCAUGUCAUUUCAUUCAACAUCUUUCUUGAACUCUCCAUUGUGA